AGAGAGGAGGAGCCUGGUGUGGGGAGCAGAGGCGACGCGUGAGCCGGUGCGCAAGCGCAGUGGCAGGGUGCGAGACAGUGUGUUUCCAAAAUGGCGGCAGCGAUGGAUGUGGAUACCCCCAGCGGCACCAACAGCGGCGCGGGCAAGAAGCGCUUUGAAGUGAAAAAGUGGAAUGCAGUAGCCCUCUGGGCCUGGGAUAUUGUGGUUGAUAACUGUGCCAUCUGCAGGAACCACAUUAUGGAUCUUUGCAUUGAAUGUCAGGCCAACCAGGCGUCUGCUACUUCCGAAGAAUGUACUGUUGCAUGGGGAGUCUGUAAUCAUGCUUUUCAUUUCCACUGCAUCUCUCGAUGGCUCAAAACCAGGCAGGUGUGUCCCUUGGACAACAGAGAGUGGGAAUUCCAAAAGUAUGGGCACUAGAAAAGACUCUCCCUAAAGCUCACCCAUUUGUUACUGGUGUAGUGACUCACCUUCCUGUUAAUUAUAAAUUACAUAGAACCGUGGUUUUUUUUUUUUUUUUUUUCUUUGUUUUUGGAGUUUACUGUUCCCACAGCCAUAUUGUAUUUUGUGUCAAAUAAAGUGGUUAAGUUCGAGAA